ACAUAAAUUAUACAGAAAUUGUGCCUUUCGAUUAAACAUUUCAAAUACCAAAUAACAUCUAAAUAGUACAAAUAUAUAGCAAUUUUUACAAUCACUCUAGGUUUGAAAAAAUAAUUUUUAACUUUUAUUGUAAAGAAGUAAUGAAUUAUAUUUGGUUGAAACUGUCUUCCUUGCACACCAACUUCCGUUGUGUUUUCCCACUUUUUCUUCUCCUACCUUUGAUUACGUCGUUUUCAAACGUGAUAAACGCAAUCUUUACCUUAGAGGAUGCAAAAUGAUUGACUUUCCUUGUAAUUUUGUAAUUUCUGACCUAAAAAACAAAUUUUAAGGUGCAGGAUCUAUUCAAAAAGUUAUGCAUGUAGAAAAUCAAGCAGAUUUGGCGUAUUUGAAAGGUUACUUCAACGCCAUAUUGGCUUCUAUCCAUGUUAUGACUGGUUCGCACAGAUGAGCAUUGAACUAAAGUUCGCAGGAAAUUAGAGAUAUAAAGAUAGAGUACGGGUGAAUAUGUUUUCAUGUAAAUGAAUGGAAUAUGCACAGAAGUCUGUAAGAAUAUGGGAAUAGAAAGAGAACGCUGCAUAGAGACCUCUUUUGCCCUACUCUAAUCAGGCAUGUACGCUGAAACCACUCGUUAAUCGGUGUUACACUUGCAUAUUUAUUGUACGAAUGUGCAUGAUUAAAUAAAGACACAGGGAGUCUGUAGCAGCCUUCUUUUUCUAUUCCUAUAUCACUUUUUCAGUCCACUCACACACUUUAUCUUUAUAUCUUCAUGGUUAUAACUGGUCGGCAAGUAAACUAUCACCCAUAUCUAAUCCGAUAUCAAAUUAAUAACUAAUAAUUUGAAUCACGAUUUAUAAUCCCGCCGCAAAAUGGUUGUCAUCCACGUGCAUUUAUUUACAGCCAGCAACAACAUUCACUAGACAAAUCGUGGCUAGAAAUCAAUAUGACGUCCAAGUAACCUGUCAAAUACGCUCAAGAUGCUUGACUUCAUAUACUUACGGCUCUCAAAUCAAUGGAUUCCGUACCUAGAAACUUGUUUUUGUAGACCGAAACACGUAAAAAAACUGUCAUAUUUAUCUUCUAUAAACAUAUUUCAAUCAUUGUAAAGCAUUUCCAUGUCAGCAUUGAUUUCACGUUUCUUUUAAAUAAGGACAUUAAAAGAGUAUGUGUUCUGAAAAUAAGAGGAAAAGGUCCAUUACAGAUUUCCAGUAUACAAUUUAACAAACCGGUUUAGUCAUCUGUAUAAACUAACCUUACAUAAUAGUAUUAAAGUAUUAUUACUGGAUUAAGAAUCAAAGUCUUAUAACGUUGUAUGUGGAAGGUUCUUAAUUUUCAGUAAUCAAAAUUUAAUAAAUGACCACCGUAUGUAAUAAAAUGAAGUGAUUAAGUGUUUAUAAUUGAUCAAUAAGUUUAGUAAAAUUUUCUAACAUGAAUUUAUAGCAUUAAAUAAUGUAAAAUAUCAGUUGCUAUGCUUUUUCGAUACAGUUCAUUCUCAUGAACAUUCAAUGGCACAAUGCAACAAAAAAAGUAGAAAUUUGAAAUACGGGCCAUAAAAGUGGCAACGUUGCACAGGGUGAUGUCGGUGAUGAUAUGAUGAACAGAACAUGAGCCUGUGUAAACUUUAAGGAUCGAGAAAGGGUGAGAUAGAUAGAGAGAGAGAGAGAGAGAAAGAGAGAGUUCUCGGAACUUCAGACUUGUGUACAGUUCGUAGGCUGCGUCAUUUCAAUGUUAUGUACUGCGAAAAGUGAUACUCCGUCAUUCACGAAUCAUAACGGCAUUGCAGUCACUAUCGAGUUUAGAAUUCUUCCCCUUUCCUCUUUCUUGCCAAAUGCGGAUGGUUUGAAGACAUUUUUAACAAUAAUUCAAAUAAAAUGAUUGGUACAAUCACACACUGGAACUUGGAGAAUGAUUCAAACUUAAAAACUUCAGAGAAUGCGCACUUUCCAUCACUAGUUGAUACAACACAUGAUAUAAGUCAUGAUGAAGUAGAUAAUACUGAUUACCAUUUUGAAGCAGCAAGACUUCAGAGCUUUGAAAAUUGGCCUAUAACAUACAUUGAACCUGAAAAGCUUGCAGCUGCAGGAUUCUAUUAUACGGGUGAAAGUGACAGAGUAAAAUGUUUUGAAUGUGGAGUUGAGAUAUGUAAAUGGGUAGAAGGUGAUAUACCCAUGGUCGAUCAUCAGAGAUGGUCUGCAAGGUGUAGAUUUAUUCGUAAACUGAACUGUGGUAAUAUACCCAUUGGAGUAGAUCCUGGUACGGUGAUACGUCCAAGACCAAAAAGUAGGGAUGUAUGUGGUCCUUAUGGUUUAGAAUAUCGACCUACAUCUGGUCCCGAUGACCAUAAUUUUUCAAUGGAAUUACAACUAGCAAGCACAGCUAAACUUGGCUGUUUAGGUCUGGGAAGGACUAAGGAACCAGUACAUCCAGAAUAUGCUAGUUAUGAUGCUAGGUUACAUACAUUUGUAACAUGGCCUAAAUCUAUGCCACAAACAAAAGAACAAUUAGCCGAUGCAGGCUUUUAUUAUACUGGGAAAGGUGACCAAACCUUGUGUUACCACUGUGGAGGUGGUUUGAAAGAUUGGGAACCAGAAGAUGAUCCUUGGGAGCAACACGCAAAGUUGUUUUCUAAAUGCUGUUAUGUAUUAAUCGUGCAAGGGCAAGAUUAUGUAAAUAAAAUAACAGGCCAGCAUAUAUCUCCACCUUCUAAAGAAGAAACAAUGCGGAUGAAUCUACCCAGUUUUAUUAAGAAAGUACAACCUACGAGAGUAGAAGUAGAAAGGAAAAAAGAUAUAGAAAGCAAUCCAGGAUCAAGUUCUCAAAAUAAUCAUAUUUGGGGUAUUGGAAGCAAUACAGAACCCAUAAAAAGAAGUUUAGAAUACGAGCCAGCAGAAAAUCCAUCAAAUACAAAAACUCGAAAUACCAAACCUACUGAUGAUGCAAGAAUGUGCAAAAUCUGUUAUAACGAAGAAUUAGGAGUGGUAUUUUUACCAUGUGGACAUAUGAUAGCUUGUGUAAAAUGUGCUCUUGGCAUGAUGAUUUGUGCAGUAUGCAGAGAACCUGUUACAAUGACUGUAAGAGCCUUCAUCCCAUAGUAUUCAAUUGAAUGUAUAGGGUGUAUAAAAAGUAAGUAUAAAAACCAUCAUAGCAUGAUUCUACAUCUCUGUAUCAGUGAAAAUUUGUAAAAAGAAGUUCGUACAAAAAUGACUAUGACCUUGAAUUUUAAGGUCAGACAUUUUUUUAUUACCUUAUAUUCUACUCAUCAUGAAGAUAAAAAACUUUAACCCUUUGUGGACUACCGCCGCUUAUAUGCGUUCUGCGUAAACCAUCAAUUUGGUCGAGUAACACAUAUAUGCGUUUGGCGAAAACAGCUGAUAGAGCCGAAAGACUCAUAUAUGCGUAUUUAUAAAAGACUCAUAUGUGUGUCAUUUUAUCUAUUCCGUGGAAAUUCUGUGCAUGUACAUAUGGUUAGAAUUUGACAUCUUGGAGUGUUAUGAAAGAAAAUCGUGUCUAAGCAGAAAUGUGCGCUGGCAAUUUUAAAUGACUAUCGCGACAGCAGCUCGGCCCUGUCCGCAAAGAAUUAAGGAACCAUGGAUCGCAACUCAACCGUUCUUUUGGGAGAAAAUGUUAAAGUUCCAUUAAUUUUUGAACUUACUUUAUUUAUAAUGUGCUUACAUUCUGCGAUCAGAUGCAGGUAAAGUAGCAUCUAUCGUUGCGCAUAAAUAACCCAUAUUCACGAUUAUAUAUCCUAUAUUUGUUCUUCCUUCCUUCCUUCCAUUCUUUCUUUCUUCUUUCUUCUUUUUUCUAUUUAAACCGCCCCAAACUCACUUCUAUAUUUCGAUCAAGUUUCUCAUCGAGAUUACGUAUUGACUUUGUAUGAUAAAAACCACAUUGAAUCGGAUUUUUAAAUUGUUCAGCGGAGGUAAUUUGUUCACUGGAACUAUAAACAUUUUCGCUUCCUAUCGUUUCAACUAUUACAUGUAGAUUUCUGUGAAUAUAGAUUCUGGCAUUUUGUUCAUUGAGUAUGAUAUUACGUGAGAAACAGCUUUUAUUUGUAAAUAACAUAUGUUUCAAAAGCGUAGAUCACGUUACGACUUAUGUAGCAUUUCGUCGAGUGGCAUAAUUAUGUGGAGUUCUUGAAUGUAAUGAAUUUUAUAAGGUUUAAGCCCUUCUUAUUAUAUUCAUUGCAAUAUCAUAUGAUUGAGUCUUUCUCGACGAGCUAUUUUGUGUAAAUUUAUUAGUGGAUGAACACGAGCAAAAGCAUUUUAUGUCUCCAAAUUUUGGUGCAGCUAAACUUAGCAAGAAAUGAUCCUAUGAAGGAUUUAGUUGCACUAACAUAACGACAUCAUUUAGUUUUAUUUUAAAACUAUUAAAUUGUCC